AUGAAGAUGGGGAAUUAUACUGCAGUGACUGAAUUCCUUCUGGUGGGGCUUUCUCAAUACCCAGAACUACAGCAUUUUCUCUUUGUACUCUGCCUCAUCAUGUACAAGAUUAUCCUACUAGGAAACAGUCUCCUCAUUAUCAUCACCAUCCUGGAUCCUCGCCUCCAUACUCCUAUGUACUUCUUUCUUGGAAAUCUUUCAUUCUUAGACAUCUGUUACACAUCAUCAUCCAUUCCCUCAGUGCUUAUUAUAUUUAUGUCAGAGAGAAUAUCCAUCUCCUUUCUUAGCUGUACUCUACAGAUGUUUUUCACCCUUGGCUUGGGCUCCACAGAAUGUGUCCUUCUGGCUGUGAUGGCCUAUGACAGGUAUGUAGCCAUCUGCAACCCACUGAGGUACCCCAUCAUCAUGAACAAGGUGUUAUAUUCUUCCAUCCUGAAAAUUAAUUCUGCUGAGGGGAGAAAAAAAGCCUUUUCUACCUGUUCAGCCCACCUGACUGUGGUGAUCUUAUUCUAUGGGUCAGCCCUUUUUAUGUACACAAAGCCCAAAUCAAACAACACCAAAGUAUCUGAUGAAAUCAUUGGACUGUCUUAUGGAGUGAUAACCCCAAUGUUGAAUCCCAUUAUCUAUAGCCUGAGGAAUAAGGAAGUAAAAGAGGCUGUGAAGAAAAUUUUGAACAGAUACUUGCAUCUAACAAAAGUAUGA